UCUCCCCUGAGUCCCGAGUCAGUCUUUCUCCGCGAGACACGCUUGCACCAUCGCCGUGCCCAGCUCUGGGCGUUUUGAAGUAAAUUAAUUUCGCUGGCGGGUUCGAGUCCCACGGUACCGCAUGCUAUUUCUCUGGCUGCUGAAUUUGGAAGCUUUGACUCGUAACGCUAUUCAGGCACAGCGUUGAUUUCCCCCGAUGGGAUCGGACGGUCCUGGAGACGAGCCGAGUGUCUGACACCGCACACAGUGAUGGGUAUUGUGGUAGAAAUCAUUUGUAUUUGAUUGGUUGAUUGAUUUAUUCAGGGUCCGCGUGUGAUAUUAGAGUCGAGUUUGUCUCGAAUGUGGCCGGUCCUGAAUUUACAUUCGAAUAGAAGAGGAAUGUCUUUUCUUUUUCUCCACCUUUCUUCUCCAUGUCCUACUACGUCCAGUAUUUCUUCAUGAACCUCUCAAUUAUACUCUUUAUGCGUGUGUCUUUCUCUCUUCUCUCCCCAGGAGGGCCAUGCCGUUUGGCUGUUUAACGCUCGGAGAGAAGAAGGACUACAACAGUCCCACGGAUAUCACCGACAGAUAUGACCUGGGGCAGAUUGUGAAAUCGGAAGAGUUCUGCGAGAUCUUCCGAGCCAAGGACAAGACGACAUCGAAAAUGUACACCUGCAAAAAGUUCCUGAAGAAGGACGGGAGGAAAGUGCGCAAGGCUGCCAAGAAUGAGAUUUUCAUUCUGAAGAUGGUGAAGCAUCCUAACAUUCUCCAGCUGGUGGACGUCUAUGAGACAAGAAAAGAAUAUUUCCUCUUCUUGGAGCUUGCUACAGGUAGAGAGGUGUUUGACUGGAUCCUGGACCAAGGAUACUACUCUGAGAAAGACACCAGCAACGUGAUUCGGCAGGUGUUGGAGGCUGUGGCGUACCUGCACUCCCUCAAUAUCGUCCAUCGCAACCUGAAGUUGGAGAAUCUGGUGUAUUACAACCGCCUGAAGCACUCCAAAAUAGUUAUCAGUGAUUUCCACCUGGCCAAGCUUGAGAACGGGCUUAUUAAAGAACCAUGUGGGACUCCAGAGUACCUAGCUCCAGAAGUUGUUGGGAGACAGAGAUAUGGCCGACCCGUGGACUGCUGGGCUCUUGGAGUGAUCAUGUACAUACUGCUUUCUGGGAACCCUCCGUUCUACGACGAAGCCGACGACGACGAUUACGAAAACCACGACAAGAACCUGUUCCGCAAGAUUCUGGCAGGAGAUUACGAGUUUGAUUCGCCGUACUGGGACGAAAUCUCUGACUCAGCUAAAAGUUUAGUCGCGCGUCUCAUGGAGGUCGACCAAGAUCAGAGACUCACAGCGCAGGAAGCCAUCAACCAUGAAUGGAUAUCCGGAAACGCUGCCUCAGAUAAAAACAUCAAGGAAAACGUGUGCGCACAGAUGGAGAAGAAUUUCGCACGAGCCAAGUGGAAGAAAGCUGUACGAGUCACGACCAUCAUGAAGAGGCUGAGAGCUCCGGAGCACCACCAAACUGCCGCUGCAGCUCAGCCCAGCGAGGGAGCCGCAAACCCUGCAGGAGGAGCACAGGAAAAUCCCCAGGCUCCGGCUGAGGCCUCCACGUCCCCCGCAGGCACAGAGCCCCCUGCUGGUCUGGAGGCACCAAACGCAGAAGCUUCUUCAUCACGGUGCAAUGGUGAAUCUCCAGCUCCUCCGCCUUUCGCCACACCGACCGGAGACGAGCAGAACGGUUAAAGUCUGUCCCCCUACCCAGCCACAUCUCUCGCAGCAAACCCUCAGCUCUGUAAAUUAGCAUCUAGCAUGGUCACCCUGAGCCUGCUUCGCUCUCACGGUAACAUUAGCAGCGCCAGCGUCGUCUUGCAGAACCUUGUCGAUGUCUUUUCCUGAGCUUCCCUGUCUUUUCUCGUUACGACAGCUGUAUUUGCUAAUCCUACAAGCCAUACUGUCACACGCUCUACAAAAACACGAGGCUUUGCUUC